GAAGUAUUUAUUUCACUCCGAAGUUUCAUUGGAAGAGAAAGUCGAAAAUUAUUUAGCGCACAGUGUUCUCGACGAGCCGUCUUUUAUUUCCCAGCCCAGAUAGAAACUUCUCAAUUCUUUGACAAUGGCUAAUUUCAACAAGGGACCUGCCUACGGAUUAUCAGCGGAAGUCAAAAACAAGAUCGCACAAAAGUAUGACCUACAGAAAGAGGAGGAGCUGAGGAUCUGGAUCGAAGACAUCACUGGUGCUAGUAUCGGCCCCGACUUCCAGAAAGGCCUGAAGAAUGGAGUCAUUCUGUGCGAUCUUAUCAACAAACUUGCUCCAAACUCUGUGAAAAAGGUCAACAAAUCAGCGCUGAACUGGCAUCAGCUGGAGAACCUGACGAACUUCAUCAGUGCCAUCACAUCAUAUGGCCUGAAGCCUCAUGACAUCUUUGAAGCCAACGACCUGUUUGAGAAUGGCAACAUGACGCAAGUCCAGACAACGCUGCUUGCGCUCGCUAGCAUGGCCAAGACCAAGGGCUGCCAGUCACGGGUGGACAUUGGGGUGAAGUACGCUGCCAGGCAUGAGAGGAUGUUUGAUGAUGAGAAGCUGAAGGCUGGACAGGCCGUCAUUGGCCUACAGAUGGGGACCAACAAGUGUGCUAGUCAGGCCGGUAUGACAGCAUAUGGCACCAGGAGGCACUUAUAUGACCCCAAUGUCAAGGAGACCCCCCUGGACCAGACAACAAUCAGCCUGCAAAUGGGAACCAACAAGGGGGCGAGCCAGGCUGGCAUGACGGCUCCAGGGACAAGGCGUGCCAUUUACGACUUCAAGACAGGCACAGACAAGUGUGACAACAGCACCAUGUCCCUACAGAUGGGCUACAAAGACGGAGCCAACCAGAGCGGCCAGAACUUCGGCCUGGGGCGGCAGAUCUGUGACGCCAAGUACUGUCCUACAGCUGCAGAGGGUACAGAUAAUCAAAACGGGGCGGGCGUCAUCCGCGACUACCUCCCAGAUUACCAAGACGAGGGGUACCAAGGUUACCAGGAAGAAGAGGUGUACCACGAGGACGGGACAGAUUAUUAGAGGGAGGGAGCUGAGGAAGAGAGAGUAUCUGAAGGAGGCAUGUUCUGCAGAAAGAAACCCCUGAGGCGCCCGGUUUGAGGGCUUAUUUUUUAUACCCAUAGGAUGUUGCACCUUUUUUUGGGGUCAUAUCCUUUUUAGUAUUGUAUGAAAUUGUUUUCUUACCCCUAUUUGUGCAGAACCAAUGUUACACAUAUCAUGAUGAACUGUAUUUCUGUGAUUUUUGUAUUUAACGUGACCACAAAAGCCAAAAUUUUUGGCUUGGCUAGUUUUCUAUCCCAGGGAUUUUGUUUUAAUGUGCCAAAGCCCUACAAUUCUUUUUUUUGUUUUGCUGACUCAUGAGUUACAUUAAGGGAGAUUCCUUUUUUUUUUUUUUUUUUUUUUUAAGGGCAACAUGAAACUUAAAGUGAAACAUAGGGAGUUUUUUUUUUUUUUUUUUAAAACCAUUUUUAAGUAAGUGCACCAUGUUAUGAUCAAAACACCCAUGCUUGUGUUUCUCUGUAAUCGCUGUUUCAUCUGUAAAAACAUGAUUCCUGUGAAUGAGAAUGUACAUAUGUUUGUUACUUCUCCAGUAUCUUCUUUAACCCCUCAGUAUUGGUCAAUAAAAUAGAGGGAUAGAGGGAACAAUUUUUUUUUUCUAGAACAAACAAAUCUUACCUUUUCAUAUUCUGUCUUGUCUUUCAUUCAUUGCAUCUUUUUCUAAUGGAGGAAAUAUUUCCUUUGUUUUUAUAACCAGUCCAACUGGAGUUAAGCUUGUUUUCUUUGGAUUAAAGACCGUGGGGGAGUGGAUACAAUAACACAAGUGAUUUGAACAUUCCAAGCAAGAAUACUGGAUUCUUUUCUGUCAGUGAGUAAUGUUUAAAGGUGCAGUGUGUGUGGGAUUUAGGGGGGAUCUACUGGCAGGAAUUGAAUAUAACAUUCAUAACGUUCAUCUCUUCAGACUAAGCAUUGUGUUUUUAUUGGCAUAGAAUGAGCCCUUUAUUUGUACAUAGGGAGAGUCUGCUGUGUUGCACCACCAUGUUUCUACAGUAGCACAGAGCAGAUGAGCCAAACGCCACCUGAGGCUGCUGUAGGUUUGGAAAACGAUGGGUACUCAGCUUCAAUCUGUGACCUCGCCGCCAGAUGCCACUAAAUCCUGCACGCUGUUCCUUUAAGUUCAUCAGGCUUAAACAUUGGUUGAUAAGCAAACCAAUCACUCAAAUAUAUUUGAUCAUUUAAGGUUAUUAUUUAUGCAUAUUUGUGAUUUGAUAUGGGGUUGUUUUCUAUCUGGACUCUGAAUAGCAUUUGGUAUUAGACUGAAUAACAUUUGGUAUUAGACUAUACUUUAUGCUCUGGAAUAAUCUAUAUGCCAGUGGGAAAAAGAAACGAACUGAGAAGUUUGUUUUUGUGAAUACCGUGUAAUAAAGAUGUGUACCCAUUA